CGUAGCCUCAGCUCCCAAGCGCUCGCUAUAAGUGCAUGCCAUUAGAGGCUUAUUUGGUGCGCCAACGGCUGUAUUCCUCUUCUUGCUCCUGAGAAAUUAAGCUGCUACUAUACAGCGAGAGUCUGAUAUUUCAAGGAGUAAAUUAAAGCAAGCGAGAUGGCGGAGACGGCGCUGAGCAUGGCGAGGUCCAUGCUGGGGGGCGCCAUCAGCGCGGCUUCGGCGGCCGCCGGCGAAGAGAUGAGCUUGCUCAUGGGUGUGCAGAAGGAGAUAUGGUUCAUGAAUGAUGAGCUAAAAACAAUGCAAGCGUUCCUAAUAGCUGCUGAAACAAUGAAGAAGAAGGACCUGCUGUUGAAGGUGUGGGCUGAGCAAGUAAGGAGCUUGUCCUACGACAUUGAAGAUUGUCUUGAAGAGUUUAUGGUCCAUGUCGGAAACCAAAGCCUCUUGCAGCAAUUGACAAAUCUCAAAGAUCGCCACCGAAUAGCUGUCAAGAUUCGCAACCUCAAAUCAAGACUUGAAGAAGUGAGCAGCAGAAACACACGUUACAACUCGAUCAAGAUGGAGGCGAACAACACCUUCGAUGAGAUCGAGUCCAUGGAGGAUGUUCGGAAUCAUUCUCGUAGCAACAUCGACGAAGCAAAGCUUGUAGGCUUUGACACCCCCAAAAAGGAGUUACUUGACAAGAUAAACAUGGAUGCCAAUGAUGAUGACCACUGUCGGGUGCUUUGUGUGGUUGGCAUGGGAGGAUUGGGUAAGACUACUCUGGUAAGGAAGAUCUUUGAAAGUAAGGAAGACAUCAUAAAUAAUUUUCCACAUCGUGCUUGGAUCGUUGUGUCACAGUCAUUUUCGAUGAUAGAGAUGCUCAAAGAUAUGAUUAGCCAACUUCUAGGUCAUGAAUCAUUGAAAAGAUUUGAAGGGAAGCCGAUCCGAGCACACGACCUUGGUACGCACCUACGAGAUGGACUGAAAGAAUUGAGGUACUUUGUUGUUUUUGAUGACUUGUGGAACACAGAUCACUGGGAAUGGAUUAGGGAAUUUGCUUUGCCUAGUAAAAACAACAAAAGGAGUCGGGUGAUUGUAACAACCAGAUUAGAUGGAGUAGCUAAUGCAUGCACCACUGAACCAUUUGUCUACCGCCUUAAGCUCCUAGAGACGGAAUGUGCCAUAGAUUUGCUACUAAGGAAGAUGGGGGAAAGUAAAGAAGAUAUGAAGAAUGAUAACAACCUGAAGAGCAUAGUUACACAAUUAGUAAAAAAGUGUGGUUGUUUACCACUAGCCAUAGUAACGAUAGGAGCAAUGUUUGCUAAUAAACCUUCGUCGAAGUGGGAAGAAAUGUGCAGACAACUUCCUUCAGAGCUUGAGAACAACCCAAGCCCUGGAGUCGAAGCAAUAAGGAGGGUGGUGACCCUAAGCUAUGGCCAUUUGCCAUCUCAUCUUAAACCAUGCUAUCUAUAUCUAAGCAUUUUUCCUGAGGAUAUUGAAAUUAAAAGGAGGCAUUUGGUAAACAGAUGGGUAGCGGAGGGGUUGGUUAGAGCUAGAGUUGGAAUGACCAUUAGUGAUGUCGGAGAAAGCUACUUUGAUGAGCUAAUUAGCCGAAGUAUGAUUCAACCAUCAAGGGUGAAUAUGGAAGGACAUGUUAAGAGCUGCCGGGUCCAUGAUAUAAUGCGUGAUAUUAUAGUCUCAAUUUCUAAAGAGGAGAAUUUUGUUUACUCAACAGGAGAUAAUGUAUCUACAGUAAUAGUGGAGAAGUUCCGUCAUCUGUCAUGCCAUGGCGGCAACUACCCAAUAGUUGGAAUGGAUUUCAGUCGUGUCCGAUCGUUAACUGUAUUUGGUGAGUUUGAUCAGAGACCCAUGUUGGUGGGCUCUUCAAUUUGUUCAGCUCAAUUCACGAUGCUAAGAGUCUUGGAUCUAGAGAAUGCAGUAUUUUCAGUGACACAAAAAGACAUAAACAAAAUUGGGUUGUUGCGGCACUUGAGAUAUUUGAAUACGCAUACUAGAAGACGGUCCACUAUUUAUGCACUUCCAAGCUCUAUCGGGAAAUUACAGAACUUACAAGUUUUGGACAUAAGAGAGAGUGAAAUUUCUACACUACCAACUGAUAUCAGUAAGCUCCUUAUGCUUCGUAUCCUCCGUUGUAGCAAGGGACCGUGGUACUUCUACUUCUAUUUUGAUCCAGAUGAACCAAUAAAAUGCUUGAAGCAUACGUUGCGCAUGCCCUUGAUGUUGACACCAUUAGUUGGUUCUGCAGCACGCAAUUAUACUAUUGCUGAGCUACACAGGGCCUACUCUAGCCAUUGGUCAGAGACACCAGGCGUGAGGGUUCCAACAGGAAUCAGCAAACUAAAGGAGUUGCAGGUCUUAGAGGUUGUAGACCUUAAACUAACUAAAAGCAAAGCAAUUGAAGAGCUGGGUGAACUUCGCUGGCUACAAAAAUUACGGGUGUCAACAAAGGGGGCCCAGGACAAGAAGCGCAAGACACUUUGUGAAGCCAUCGAGAAGCUAUCAUCCCUCCAAUCUCUCUGUGUUUAUGAGGGUUACUACUUCAUAACUGGGACACUUGAGUGGCUGGGUCCUUGCAAUUUCUCCCCUCCUCCCCUGCUGAGAAAGCUAGAGUUGCAUGGACGUAUUCGCGUGAUGCCCGACUCUUUUAGGAACCUUAAGCAGCUGCGGAAGAUUUUUUUGCGGCUAAGCGAACUAGAUGGUAGAGCCAUAGAGAUACUUGGAACACUACCCAACCUCAUGCUCCUGAAUCUCGAUGGCAGAGCAUAUGUUGGGAAUGAAUUAGCAUUCAAAAAGCACGAGUUCCCAAAUCUCAAGGAGCUUCGUAUCAGUAUGCUGUCCGAACUAAGAGGGAUAAGAUUUGAGAAGGACGCCUUGCCCCACAUGGAAAGAAUGGAAAUCGAAUGUUGCCAGUUGAGAUCAGGGAUUGUUGGCAUCAAGCACCUCGAACAGCUCAACGAGAUUUCACUUGGGUGUGAUGUGGCGGGGCUUGAUCUGCUGGAACAGGAAGUAAAGGCGCACCCCAAGACACCCGCAUUGCGGCUGCUUCAAGACCGAAGCAAAAUCGACUUGGGGCUCCCUGUAGUCCUGACGAAAGACGAAGGCUCCAAUGUUGAAGAGGAAGCAAAGGAAUCCGUCCAUGACGAUGCCGGGGAGAGCUCGCAAGUGAUCUCAUCACCGUGAUGGCAUGGGAACCGGCAAGGAGCAGCUAGCGAAGAUGAUAUGAUUGACGUACGCUACUUCUUCUUCACCUGGAAUACCACCACUGCCCAUGUUGGUUGGUUGCUCUAUAUCAACUUCCUUCCUCCGGCUGUGCGCCUCCUGCUCUGUGCUAGUUUGGAUGUACUGCUCGAGUGAAUCUCACUCAGUGUUUUUAUUAUUUGGCACCAUCUCAUUUGUUUCUUGCUAUCAACUGUGAAUUCCUAAGAGCAGCUUAGACCGUUGCAUUUUGUGGUUAGCAUGAUAAGUUUUAAUUAUACUAUCAGUAGAGACCAUCAUAAAAUUUUAUUUUUGUAUUGCUCGACUAGAUAUAGGUAUUUUCAGUUGUUCAAAAAAUUAUAGUUCACCUACAAAUGUCAGGACACUAGACAUAUCUCAGAUUCGUCGUGGAUGCAUCACACCACCUACCAGGGGUUCAAAUCCCGGUGUCCAUCUAUUUAGAAUUUUAGAUGUUUAUGAGUUUAAUUUUAUUUGAUGUACAUGUAAAUGACACUUUCUAUAUAAGCUGAAUGAUUUCUUGGACUCAACACUGUCAAUUGGUCUCUGUUAUCUUGAAUUUUUCUUUUUCUAAUUUGAAGCUGCCUUUUGCUGGUGAAACUUAACACUGUCGAUUGGACUCACUAUGCAGACUGACUUGCAGGCCACAUUUGUUAGUCUCAAAAUCUGCCGGAUCCCUUUGUGAGCCAGGAAAGAUUUCUGCCAAUAGGGAACAGAGUUUGACAUCUCAUUUGGAUGAAGUAAACACAUGCUUUGUGAGGAUUCUGCCGGAGAGUUUAACACUGAAGAUCCGAAUUCAAGUUGCCUUGCUGCAUUUGUUCAUCCACUGCCUACCUACAUAUGAAAGUUGGAUGCUUAACUGGGCCUGAAACUCUAUGCUUGGUUCAGGCAGAAUAAAGCCAACAUCGCGGGCUAUAAUCCAACAACAACCAAUGUUCAGCAUCCAUAGCCACGAAUACAUAGGGAAAAAUCAUGCUGAGGGCAUCUACUGAGUGAAAGGGCCCUGAUUCAGAUUGGAGGACCAUUCACCAAUAAGGGAACAACACCAUGGACAUAAAAAUUCAGCUUGAUGAGCAGUCUUGGUCAGUUCAUUAGUUACUUAAUUACCUGCUGCAUUGUUUCGUGUUCCUUGUUACCCGCAACCAUUUCCAAAAUCCAAAUCGAGGUGUUUAAGUUUGCAUUGAAUAUGUGUACGUAAUCGGUUACAGUUUAGAAUUUGGAGUUGUACUAGGUAUAGGAAUAGACUAAGAGUCGGACUCUAUUCUAAGAUCUCUCUUAAAUAGAGGGGCAGACUUGUGGUAACCGCAUGGCGACCGGUCGUGAGUCAUUGUAACUCUGAUACGCUAUAAUAUGCUGAAUCGGGGAGGAGCGCCCAUAAUCAGUGCCCCAGGGAUGUAGGCUUCGGCUGAACCUCGUUAACAAAUAUCGUGCCUUGGUAUCA